UAGCCUCCAGAGGAGGAGGCAACGCGUCUGCUAUAUGCGCAAAGACCAAAAGCGUGCCUUAAAUUACAGCUGAGACAGCUAUGCUGACUGUUAGUUUAACGCCAUGAGAUUCAAUCUUUAGUAAAGAGAAAAGCGAGGACAGGACCAUCAAGUGAGCGGGCGCCCACAUCCUGUCAUCUACGCCUUAAGCUGGGCUCCAGACCCACAGAGUCAAACAUUCCUCCACAAUGGCGCUUUCCUCCGGGCUAAAAUACGUGUCUCUGGGGGUUCUGGUGCUGCAAACCACCCUGCUGGUUCUCACCAUGCGCUACUCCCGUACCCUGAAGGAGGACGGCCCUCGCUACCUCGCCUCCUCUGCCGUGGUGUCAGCUGAAGUGCUCAAGAUUUUUACAUGCACUCUCCUCGUCUUCAGCGAGAACAAUUUCAGCUUGAGGGCAAUGUAUGAGCUGCUGAACGAGGAGAUUCUGAACAAGCCUGUGGAGCUCGUGAAGCUGGCCAUUCCUGCAGGGAUCUACACUCUGCAGAACAAUCUGCUCUAUGUUGCCCUGUCCAACCUGGACGCAGCCACCUAUCAGGUCACGUACCAGUUGAAGAUCCUCACCACAGCUCUGUUCUCUGUCUCCAUGCUCGGGAAAGAGUUGGGCUGCUACCAGUGGCUCUCCCUGCUCUUCCUCAUGGCCGGGAUCACUCUGGUGCAGUGGCCCGUCGAGUCUCUGGGCGACUCUGAACAGAAUGUAAUGUCUGCAGGCUCGCAGUUUGUGGGCCUGAUGGCCGUGCUGAUGGCCUGUGUGUCCAGUGGUUUUGCUGGAGUUUACUUUGAGAAGAUCCUCAAAGAGGCAAGCCAGGGUCUGUGGCUUCGUAAUAUACAGCUGGGUUUGUUUAGCUUUGUGUUUGGCUUCAUAGGCAUGAUGGUGUAUGAUGGCGAAAGUGUCAAGCAGGCGGGGAUUUUCCAGGGAUACAACAUUAUUACCUGCAUAGUUGUUGUCUUACAGGUUGUGCAAUGGUGUUUCACUACAGUGCAUCAUUUGACUUCCAUGAGUUUUAUGGCAGCAUUUGUGGAGUUGUUCAUGUCUGCCUUUGUGUUGUUUGCAUGUCGUCAGGCUCUCGGCGGGCUGAUCGUGGCUGUAGUCAUUAAAUAUGCUGACAACAUCCUCAAAGGAUUUGCCACCUCACUAUCAAUCAUAGUGUCUACACUCAUUUCGUAUUUCCUGUUGAAGGACUUUAAUCCCACAAGCAGAAGCAAUCUCCAAGAACUGCAAGACAUGGUGAUGCUGCAUGAGCCGAGAAACCUUGAGCUUCAGGGCAUAAACUGAUGGCCGGAUAUUCUUCUUCGGGAUUUUAUAGUACAGAGCAGAAUUCAUGGUUCCAUCAAUUACAGCAAGUUGUCCAAUUCCUGAAGCAGAAAAACAGCUCCCGAACAUUACCACCACCAUGUUUGACUGCUGGUAUGAAAUUCUUUAAGGAGAUGCUGUGUAACAGGAUGUAACAGGAAUGGCUGGUGUCCUGCAAGUUUUAGAUGUGUCCUUGAUCCAACACAGCUGAUUUAAAUGGCUAAAUUACCCCCUCAACAUGUCUUGAAGUUCUCCAGAGGCCUGGUAAUGAACUAAUCAUUAAAACCUGCAGGACAUCAGCACUUGAGGCCUGGAGUUGUCGACCCCUGCUUUAGAUGGUGUUCUAGGUUCAUUUGUGCCCAUUGAUCACCUUGGAGUAAUUUUGGCAGGUUAGCUGCUGCUGAGAAGAUUCACCACUGUUACAAGUUUUCUCCAUUUGUGGAUAAUGACUCUCACCGUGGUUCACUGAAGUCUUAAAGCCUUAGAAAUAGCUUUGUAACCCCUUUCCAGACUGAUAGAUGUCAAUGACUUUGCUUCUCACCGGGCUUUUUGAGAUCUUUUAGCCUACUUCACUUUGUCAGACACCUUCAGUUUAAGGGAUUUCUCACUUCACAGGUGUGGCAGUAAUCACGCCUGUGUGUGACUACUGAACCUGUCAGCUUUCCAAAAACAAUUAGGUAAAUCAGAUUUAAGUCAUGUCAUAACAAGAAAGAAGUCACGAAGGGGACAACUGUUUCACUGCACUGUAGUAAACUUGCUAUCUUCUAAUCAGCAACAAUUGUUUUGAAAGGCAGUGUCAUCAAAAUCUUGGCAAAGCACACACUAGUAUCGAAAGUUGAUAACUGUCAUACACACAAGGGGCCUCAAGUGUUGUGCUUCCAACCUAAUGCAUUUUCUUUUUCUCUGUCUCUCAGUGUAUUUUUUCUAGGUGCAGUACUGGUUAUUGCCGCCACAUUUCUUUACGGCUAUGAGCAGAAACCUGCCAGCAGCAGCACCAACAAAGUGUAAUCAGAGACUUGCGUGAAUUGUGGCUCUACGAACUGUGACCGGGAAUUUCCUAUAUGAAAAAUUUCAUUACCGAAAAAGUAACAACAAGUUACUGGCAAAUACAGUCUUUUGGAAGUGGGCCUUCUCUGAAAAAGUGCACAAUGGAUGAUAGCAGUGACUCAUGUGAAAUACAUCUGAUAGUAAAGCUAUUGUUUUGAGCAUGUCAGGUUAACUCAACAGCACAGAAAAGCAAACAGUGUAAGGCGAACAGAAGGACAUCAUAAGCAAACCUUAUCCUUGCUGGCAAACUAAUGUGAAACUAGUUAAUGUGUGUCAGUAUUAGAACUGUGACGUUCCACUUGAAGAGGUACAGGUGCCGCAUUUAAGCUUUGGGGUUCUAAGCACAACAGCAUAUUGCACUUACUAGAUCCCCACAAGUACCUGCUAAAAUAAUAUAAGAUAUCAGAUGUCUAUAAUCUGUCUGGAUCCUUUUCAUCAGCAUUCGCAUCUUAGGCCAUGGACAAAGAUCUGGAAACUGAAUCUCUGCAGAACUGGAAAUCAGGUUGUGCUGGAACUGUUGUGACUGCGAAUAUACACUCAGCGGCUAGUUCAUGAGUUACAGCAUGCUAAUGUCCAAGUUGAACCCCCGUUUGUAUUCAGAACUACUUUAAUUCUUCUUGGCAUGGAUUCAACAAGUUAAUGGAAACAUUCACACAGCUACUGUGGAUUUGUCAACUGCACAUCCAUGACGUGAAUCUCCUGUUCCACCACACUGCACAGGUGCUCUAUUGGACUGAGAUCCGGUGAGUCUGGAGGCUGUUUGAGGACAGUGAACUGUCAUGUUCAAAAAACCAGUUUGACAUGAUUCUCGCUUCAUGAUAUUGUCAAUUAUCCUGUUGGAAGCAUCCAAAGAUGGGUCAUAAAGAUAUAGACAGGUUUGGCAACAAUACUCAGGGCUGUCAUACACCCAAUUGCUUGUGUUCUGCUUAAAGUGUGCCAGGAAAAUACCUGUAAAACUAUCAUGUAUUAACUGUAAUCUCAGUGUCUUAGCUGACAGCAGGUUCGACGUGUUAUGCAUUCAGAGAUGUUCUUCUGCCUACCUUGAUUGUAACAAGUGUAUAUUUGAGUUGCUGUAGUCAUCCUGUCAGUUCAAAGCAGUCUGAUCAUUCUCUUCUGACCUCAACAGGGCAUUUUCACUAGCGUGAACUGUUUUUUACCUGUUUGGAUCAUUCUUUAUGAACUGUAGAGAUAGUUGUGUGUGAAAAUAGACCAGCAGUUUCUGAAUUACUCAGA